AUGCUGCGAGGCCCGGGGCUCGGGCGCGGGCGCGGGCUGGACCGGCACCGCGGGGCUGCGGGGCCCGGCGGCCUGCUGGCCUGGCUGAUGCUGGCCUCCGCGGGCGCGGCGGCGGCGUGCCCCGAUGCCUGCUGCCCCGUGGGGCCCUCGGGGUUGCGCUGCACCCGGCCUGACACCCUGACGAGCCUCCGCCGCCUGCGGGGCUCCGAGAACCUCACGGAGCUCUACGUGGAGAACCAGCAGCAUCUAAGGCGCCUGGAGCCUGGGGACCUGCAGGGGCUCGAGAACCUGAGAAGCCUCACCAUCGUGAAGAGUGGGCUCCGGUUUGUGGCGCCAGACGCCUUCCAUUUCACUCCUCGGCUCAGCCGCCUGAACCUGUCUUCCAAUGCUCUUGAGUCCCUCUCCUGGAAAGCCGUCCAAGGCCUCUCCUUACAGGAGUUGGUCCUGUUGGGGAACCCUCUGCGCUGCUCCUGCGCCUUGCACUGGCUGGGGCGCUGGGACCUGGAGGGUCUGUAUGGUGUACAGGCACAGAGGUUGCAGUGCGUCGGGCCUGGAGACCAGCUCCUUCCGCUCAGGCACAGCUCCAGCUGCGGUGUGCCCACGCUGAAGGUCCGGGUGCUCAACGACUCCGUGGAAGUGGGGGAUGACGUCUUGCUGCAGUGCCAGGUGGAGGGACAGGGCUUGCGGCAGGCUGGCUGGAUCCUCACAGAGCUCGAGGGAAUGGCGACAGCGAUGAAAUCUGGGGCUCUGCCGUCCCUGGAGCUGACCCUGGCCAAUGUCACCAGUGACCUCAACAGGAAGAAUGUGACAUGCUGGGCAGAGAAUGAUGCCGGCAGAGCCGAAGUCUCUGUCCAGGUCAACGUCUCCUUCCCGGCCAGCGUGCGCCUGAGCUCCGCCGUGGAGCAGCACCACUGGUGCAUCCCGUUCUCCGUGGAUGGGCAGCCCGCGCCCGCCCUGCGCUGGCUCUUCAACGGCUCCCUGCUCAAUGAGACCAGCUUCAUCUUCACCCAGUUCCUGGAGUCAGCGCUGACCAACGAGACCGUGCGCCACGGCUGCCUCCGCCUCAACCAGCCCACCCACGUCAACAACGGCAACUACACGCUGCUGGCCACCAACCCCUUCGGCCAGGCUUCCGACUUCGUCCUGGUCUCCUUCAUGGACAACCCUUUCGAGUUCAACCCCGAAGACCCCAUCCCUGUUUCCUUCUCGCCAGUGGACACUAACAGCACGUCCAGAGACCCGGUGGAGAAGAAGGAUGAAACGCCUCUUGGGGUCUCGGUGGCCGUGGGCCUGGCCAUCUCCGCCACCCUCUUCCUUUCUGCCUUGCUCCUUGUGCUCAACAAAUGCGGACAGAGAAGCAAGUUUGGGAUCAAUCGCCCUGCUGUGCUGGCUCCAGAAGAUGGGCUGGCCAUGUCUCUGCACUUCAUGACAUUGGGUGGCAGCUCUCUUUCCCCUACUGAGGGCAAAGGCUCCGGGCUCCAGGGCCACAUCAUGGAGAACCCACAGUACUUCAGUGACACUUGUGUCCAUCACAUCAAGCGCCAGGACAUUGUGCUCAAGUGGGAGCUGGGCGAGGGCGCCUUCGGGAAGGUUUUCCUGGCCGAGUGCCACGGCCUGCUGAGCGAGCAGGACAAGAUGCUGGUGGCUGUCAAGGCUCUGAAGGACGUGUCCGAGAGUGCCCGGGAGGACUUCCAGCGGGAGGCGGAGCUGCUCACGGUGCUGCAGCACCAGCACAUCGUGCGCUUCUUCGGGGUCUGCGCCGAGGGCGGCCCUCUGCUCAUGGUCUUCGAGUACAUGCGCCACGGGGACCUCAACCGCUUUCUCCGGUCCCAUGGGCCUGAUGCCAAGCUUCUGGCUGGUGGAGAGGACGUGGCUCCGGGCCCUCUGGGUCUUGGGCAGCUGCUGGCCGUGGCUAGCCAGGUGGCUGCGGGCAUGGUAUACCUGGCCAGCCUUCAUUUUGUGCACCGGGACUUGGCCACCCGCAACUGUCUGGUGGGUCAGGGGUUAGUGGUCAAGAUCGGCGACUUCGGCAUGAGCAGGGACAUCUACAGCACAGACUAUUACCGUGUGGGAGGCCGCACCAUGCUGCCCAUCCGCUGGAUGCCACCCGAGAGCAUCCUGUACCGCAAGUUCAGCACUGAGAGUGACGUGUGGAGCUUCGGGGUGGUGCUCUGGGAGAUAUUCACCUAUGGCAAGCAGCCCUGGUACCAGCUCUCCAACACCGAGGCAAUCGAGUGCAUCACGCAGGGCCGGGAGCUGGAGCGGCCCCGGGCCUGCCCUCCUGAUGUCUACGCCAUCAUGCGCGGCUGCUGGCAGCGUGAGCCGCAGCAGCGCCUCGGCAUGAAGGAUGUGCAUGCCCGGCUCCAGGCCCUGGCACAGGCGCCACCUGGCUACCUGGACGUCCUGGGUUAG